GUCGGCCGGGGCGCGCGCCUCGGAGCCCGGCCCCCGCGGCCGUCGCCCGCGCAGCCCCGAGGGCCCCUCGCCUCCCCUGCACGUGCGGCGCCCAGCGCGCCCCGUCCGGCCGCCGCGAUGAGCGAGCUUAACACCAAAACAUCCCCAGCAACCAACCAGGCACCUGGCCCAGAGGAAAAGGGGAAAGCUGGCAGUGCCAAGAAGGCUGAGGAGGAGGAAGAGAUUGACAUUGAUCUGACGGCGCCGGAAACUGAGAAGGCCGCCCUUGCUAUUCAGGGCAAGUUCCGAAGAUUCCAGAAAAGAAAAAAGGAUCCUAGCUCCUGAACAAGCAGCCUUGCCCUUCACCCUCUCCCUUCUCUCCCCUUUUCUGCAGUUCUGACUCCUAUGUACCUUGUCUCUUUGUCCCUCUCACCUCUCGUUGAGGCACAGUCAACCCUUAUGUAUUAUUUUCUCUGGUCCCCCCUCAAUCCAUUGCAACAGUGGAGGCACAAGGAAUGUAAGGAAAGAUGAAGAAAUCAGUUGGCAGCCACUUGCCUAAGGGAGGACCAGUUUCUCCUUGGGAUAAGCCUCCUUGAUCAGUCCCUAUGCCCGGCCUGUGAAGUUGAAGAGCAAGAGGCUCUGGGGCCAGAGAGGGAGGGACCCCUGGCAGUGUGGGAGGGAGGGGGAAGCCUUCAGAGAAGGGUGCCCGAGGUGGGCCUCGGCCCUGUCCUGCCCGUUACAACAUUCACACUUCAGGUAACAUGUGUUUGCUCUUCACACCCUCUUGCACCACCACACCCGCCUUCCCUCCUCCGUGGGGGCCGGAGCUUCCAUCUCCUCUAGGCAGACCCAGAUCGAGCACCUUCCACGUUAGUGCAUGCUGAGUAGACGAACUCCAAGGCAGGGAUCCUGGGCCCGGUGGAGGCCAGAAAAAGCGUCCUUCAUCAUCUGGACCAGGACCAUAAGGGGCAGAAGCAGAAGAGGCUCAGAGGGCCGCAGGCAGGGAGAUGGGACUCAAGGGGAUGUGGGGAGGGAGGAAAGGUGACGGAGGGGAGCUUUCCGGAGACACAGCUACUGCCGGUGGAAGGGACUAGACAACAGAUUUCUGCUAACCUGCCUACCUCUAACCACCCAGAUCUAGCCAUCCCUCGAGGCCACGCCAACUGAGUGACCCCUGUAGUUUCCCCCUCACCGUGGAGUCGGAGCAGAAGUGGACUAGCCACUCUGUGUGAUUUUAGCAUGUUUAAUACCGAUUAAAAACAAAACAAAACCCUCCAGUGGGGCUGUUUAA